UGUUUAGUUAUUCAUUGUCGUAUUGAUGGAGUCGCGAGAGACGGUCGUGCAUAUUGUACACAUUACGUCGAUUUGAAUAUAUAUCGAAAAACAAUUCAAAAAAAAAUGUGUUUCCUAAUAUAUUAAUUCGAUUAUGGCUGGUACUUUUUUGCUUGAAGGCAUAAAAUGUGAAUUGUGAUUUAUUCGAGUGCAGUUGAAGCGAAACCGUUUAUAUUUUCCAUUGUUUUUUUUUUGUGUCGUUUGUGGUAUGUGGGUUCGUUUCUACGGUCAUUUUUUAUGCGUUAUUGUUAUACGGACAAAAUGUUAAGUCAUCAAGAGUAUGACUUCUGUAAUACUGUGUAUGUAGUGUAAUUGCUAACCCGCUGAAGUCAUCGUGUUCUUUUUUUUUCGUAUUAUUUUGUCGUACAAUAAUUAUUCGCUCUUCGACUUGACUUUGAAGUACAAUAAACCGGUUCAAUUAUUGCUUGUGUAAACAAAAUAUUAUGACGAUUUGCAAAUCAGUGAUAAUUUUUGUGCUGGAAAUGUAAAUUACAGUUUUUAUAAUCAAGCCAACCGAAUAUAUAUGAUAAUAUUUCGUGGCAUUUAAUUAGCAGAAGUGAAUUAAUGUUUAAAGGAUAACAACAAAUCAUCUCGUUUCAUAAGCUAAAAGGUUGAAAACUCAAUUAAUCAACGAUAAAAAUGGCAUAUGUCGUGUGGAGAGUGUUGAUGAAGAAAUAUUCGAAAGUCCGAUUGGGAAUACAACGGAAUCCGCAAAUUAUGGUUAAACCGUUUACUAAACCCACCGAAUCUGAAUCGUCAUGGACGCAACCAUCGAAAACUGAUCUCUCAUCGCUGUCGGCCGUAGCGGCUGGACUGGAAGAUGCCAUUUCGGUGGACGUUGAAUUGGGCUCGUCCACAACCAUAGCGCGUUCCGAAAUCCGUCGCAGUAAAUCGAAAGUUCGGUCCUACUUGAAGAAAUGUAAAAAUGCAAUAAUUGGCACCACAUCUGGCCAUACGGACAAUCAAGACCCAAUUACCCAUCACGAACCGAUUAGCCAGCAGAGUGCAACGAGUUCAUGGUAUUUAGAUGAAAUCAGUGCUGAAGAGAAAAUCGGUGAAUUAAUAAAUCAACCAAAUGAUGAAGAAUUAACGACGACAUCAGACGAAGAUGCCGGCAAUGUUGCUAUGGCUUAUGAUUGUUCAACAACAAGAGAAGAAAUAUUAGAUACUAGCAGCGAUUCCCAUGGUUUUGAGACAAACUGUGGAGUUGCUAAUUUGGUCGAUCGAUACCUUGGUCACUUGUAUCCAGAGUAUCUGGAACAUACAAGACCCGUACUGAUCCGACAGGCACGUGACCUGCUAGUUUGUACAUUUCAUGGAGACUUGACAAAAUUCGAAGAAGAUUUUUUGGCGCCAGCGGCUACCAUUAUUGAUGCAGCUAAAACAUCGUGUUGUACAUCAGAAACGACACUACCCUGGCGUCAAGGUUGGCCGUUAACCGUGUCCGGAGCCGUUGUGCUCCAUUUAGGGGCACUUGACGAAUCAUUACUUCGUCCGCACGACAUUUACAUCUGCAUCCGACCGAACACCGAUCAAACGCCAGUAAAACCACAAUUAUCUGCAGUCUGGCGGUCCGGUAACAUCAUUUACCAUCCAUUGAAUCCGGACAAAAAUCAAUUAUCGCCAAUUGCUUUGGAGAUGCUGGCCGAAGAUUUGCCAAAUCUUUUGCAAAGUCUACUAAUCGGUGUCGAACACACCAUCAACCGUGUAUCGUUGGACGAAUUAUCCUUUCCGCACGACAAAUGCAAUGAUAAAAUCGAUUAUCCGAAGUUGGACCAAUCAACGCAAAAUAAAUUAAUUGUAACGCCAGCCGGUUCGCCCAAAUGUGGUAUAAAACGGCGCGAAUUGAUAACCAAAAAUAAACUGAUCAAUAAGCUUGCGUUGAAGCGAAUCGCAACCAGUAAAAGUGAUCAGACCAUGGACGCGAAUCGCGGUGAUGAUGGCUCAGAUCGUUCGGUUGAUUCACCGGAACCGGUGUCAAUGCCACUGUUUUGUCUGGGUGGAUCAUUUCCUCAUAUAGAUAGCGACGAAGACAGUUGCGAUGACUCGGCCAAAAAUGAUAAUGCAGAAGCACGCCUUCCACAUGACAUAGUUGCACCCAGAUCAAUACAAGACUUGCCAGAGAAGCUGCUCACAUCUGGAAUUUAUUUACCAGGAACACAUGACCUCAACGGCUCACCGAUCAUUCAAAUAGAAGCAGAAAAUCUGAUCACCGCUGGCGUUAACUGCUAUGAAAUCGCUACCGUUCUACUCUAUUACAGCACUAUUCCAUUGAACUCAUGUUUCACCAUUCACACAAUAGCGACAAAUACCUCCCAAUUAGCAAUGCUGGACUUAUUGGACACAAGUUUACAUCUGCUGCAUGGCCAUGUCAAAUUUAAUGUGGUCUUAGUAUCUUGUUUAUUCAAAUCAGAUAAGCCGAAAAAAGAUCAUUUACCAGCGAGCAAUGUUAAGUUGGUUUACGUAACUGCCUUAUCGGACUUCAUAUCCAACCAUCAAAUACCAAAAAUUUGUGGUGGAACACACGAGCACAAUCAAACGUACUGGCGAGAAUUUUUCGCCAACUUGGAACCGCUUCAGAAUCAAUGUCUUGCCGCCGGCCGUCGUUUGGUGUCCGUUAUGGGCGAUAUUCGAUCUUCCGAUAGCCAGGGCGUACCGUCACGGCGACAACUCUACUCGCAGCAUCGAGCACUCAGUCGAGCGCUAAUGGAUCCAGAACUGCAGAAUUUACGGCGCAAAGGUCACACUAAUUUGUCGAAAUUGAAGGAAAUCGCGCGUCGAUUGUGGGGUCAAAGUGUUGAGUCGAAUUGUGGUAGUUUGAAAAGUAGUGCACCGACCGGACAACAAAGUGAUCCGGUGUCGACGCGAUUGUGUGAAGUGAUUACAAUAUUCGAUGAAGUGGAUCGGGCUGCUAAAAGACUAGAACAAUUAACCGAACAGCGGCGUGAACGAUUGAGGGAAUUGACGAGGCAGCGAGCAUUGGAAGAUGAAAUGAACGAGGUUAUUUCAUGGAUUCGAGGUGAUGGUGAGAAUACGCUUAAUAAAUUCACGGAAAUACCAUUGGAAUGCGAAGCUGCUAUCAAAGACCAUGAACAAGAGUUCGAGAAAUUUUAUUUCAUUUCGGUGAAACAUCUCGCCAAGGGCAGAGAUCUACAGGACGCUUCCAUCGAUGCGAAUGCACUGCAAGACAGUUCAAAGAAUUUGAACGAAAAUCUGGCAUCGUUCAGCGACCGAUUGGAAACCACACGUGAACGUAUCGAAGGUGCAGCUCGCCUUCAUCAUUUACUGAGUCUGCACCUGAAGGAAGAUGAUGUUCAGAAUGAAAUGCAACGAUUGGCGGAGAAAAUUGGUGCGGCCGGUUUGGUGGAACGGUGUAAGGAGAACAAAAAUAUAAAGACGAGUACACCGCAACGACAAAAGCACACAGCAACGGAUGAGACGUUUUGCCGAUGCUGGCCGAACGAGGAGGGCACCAAUCCGGUUGUAUUGGCACAAACAAUGGAUGAUGUCCAUUUGGAAAGGAAUCUCCGAACGACAUUGCAGGAUGACGACGAAGAGGAUCACUCCAAAAUGGCUGACAGUGGAUUGGGUGGUUGCGAUCGAUGUGAGGAGAAUGAUCAAUUGGUGCGCAGUUGUUCCUGUCAGAGUUUUGAAGAUCAAACGUUGGCCUGUGGAAAGAGUAAUAACAGUGACGAUCUCGAAGACGACUGCUACGAAUCGAAUUCCAAGCAGCUCGACUUUCAGGCACCAAUGCAACCAAAUGCGCAUUUGUACAGCUAUGAAUCCAGUCUCGACUUGCCGCCAUUUGAAAAUUGUUACGGUUUGGAUCCGAAAACGCAAAAAACGCUUCUGUUCAUCAUGCGAGAAAUGAUUGGCACAGAACGCGAUUACGUUCGGUCGCUGCACUACAUCAUUGAAAAUUACACCGAAGAAUUGAACCGCGAAGAUAUUCCACAGGCUAUGCGCGGCCAACGGAAUGUAAUUUUCGGCAAUGUGGAGAAGAUUUGCGAAUUUCAUCAGCAGCACUUCCUGCACGAACUGGAACGGUGCGAGGGGAAUCCGUUGAAGGUGGGCGCUGCAUUUUUGGAACAUGAGUCCAAGUUCUAUCUGUACGCUUUGUACAACAAAAAUAAACCAAAAAGUGAUUCGCUGAUGAGCGAGUACGGAUCGAGUUUCUUUAAGUCCAAGCAAAUCGAGUUAGACGAUAAGAUGGACCUGGCCUCGUAUCUGUUGAAACCGGUGCAAAGAAUGGGAAAAUACGCCCUACUUCUGCAGCAGUUAAUGAAAGCCGUGACCAGUGUUCAAGGGCCAGUUUUGCAAGAAAUUUCCGAAGAUGUGGAGGAGCUACAGCGAGCGGAGGAAAUGGUUCGAUUCCAAUUGCGACAUGGAAACGAUCUUCUGGCCAUGGAUUCGUUGAGAGAUUGUGAUGUCAAUGUCAAGGAACAGGGUCGGCUUCUGCGUCAAAAUGAGUUUCUUGUAUGGCAAGGACGCGGUGGUAAAAAGGCACUACGUCAAGUAUUCCUCUUCGAAGAGUUGGUUCUGUUCAGCAAGGCACGUCGCUUUCCCGACCAUAAAAAUCUGGAUAUUUACUUGUACAAGAACAGUAUUAAAACGUCGGACAUCGGUUUGACCGCUCACAUUGGCGACACACCGAAAUUCGAAAUUUGGUUCCGCAAACGAAAACCGGAAGAUACGUGGACGCUGCAAAGCAUGUCGGAGGACAUAAAGAAUGCCUGGACUGAAGAAAUAUCAAAACUGUUGUGGAAACAAGCCAAACGGAAUCGUGAAAUUCGAAUGGCCGAAAUGUCGUCAAUGGGCAUUGGCAAUAAGCCGUGCUUGGACAUCCGACCCAGUCAGAAUCAGAUCAGCGAUCGGUCGAUAACAUUCUCACAAUUGGAAAAAGCACCAAAAUUCCGGAACUCAUUUUCCGGAACUCUUCCCGAAAUGAAAUCAGCCAGACGACCCAAUUCACUCAUUUCGCUUGGAUCAUCGUUUUCGUCCGGCACCAGUAGUUCGUCGCUAUGCACGAGCACCUCGUCGAGUAAUGGAAGUCAUAGCCGCAACACUGGCAACAUGACAUUGGAAUUGAUCAACGAAACGAAACCGUUGCAGACAUCGGGCCAUCUGAGAAAGCAUCAACGAUCGACCACACUUGUCAGCCAGUUAUCAAUGGAGAGUGGUAUCAUUGCCGAUAUGUCUAUGUCCCCCGAUGCCGAGACCAACCACGAACAACAAUUAUGGUCGACACGGAAAUCGAAUUCUUCAACCGCAUCCACUACACAACAAACAGACCAAAAACCUACAGAUGAAACACUACUAAGUACAAAUAAUAUGACAGAUCCAUACGCAACUGUUGAUUCGAUUGCCGUCCAUCUCUAAAAAAAAAUGUUUUUUAUUCAAAAGUUGACAACAAAAUGAGAUUUCAUUUCGAAAUCAAAUUAAUUUUAGAACUUUUUCGAUCUAUGUAUGCGCUUACCGGUUGUUUGAUAAGUUUUGUUGUGAUUUGAAUCAAGUAAAAGUCCGGUUUUCAUAGUCUGUGGCACUCAUUUCUUCGCCGAAAUUACAAUUUCUCAAAAUUUCUCAAAGAAUUUCUCAAAAAUAGUCCCUGUUUGAAAGGUGUGGGAGGAAACUUCUGUUGUCGAACAACUUGUUAGUGGUAAAGUGAGUCUAAUCAAGUGGGUAAAACGGAUGUCUGAUGACUUUAGGAUUGAAAAUUUGAAGUUGUUGUCAUCGUAUGUAGAGACAACUGAUUGAAGAGGCUACAUCUAAAUUAUUUAAGUGACCAAGGCAGGUCUCCUGCCUUGAAGUGACCUUUCAUUAAUCUAACGAAAACAUUUACUUCUGAAAUUCCACGGCAUCAUGAGGUAGGGCCGGACUGGGUAAAGAAAAUUUGUAAAAAUCCUUUCGUUCAUGCAAACAAUUAAAAGUCCUUUUGGACCAGUCUGGACCCGAUGAGGUCAUACCAAGGUUGUUUAUACAACCUUGGGUCGUACAGAUUAUGAUAUACUGGUUAUCAAGGCUGUACACUUUGGGGAGAACACGCAUUUCGCCUUUUUUUAGGUACGCGGAAACACAUCCUUUCCAUACAAAGAAAUUCAACAAAAUUGAAUCUGUAUGACACCCACGUAUCAUAAUCUACAUUGGGAAGUUAACAAUCUUGCUGAUGAUCCCCUACUACCUAGACAAAAAAAAACACCAUCGAACACAUCACGUAACCUCGUGUUUGGUGAAUUUGCUCGGAAAGGGAGCAUCAAAUAAGAUGGCGGUGUUUUUCCAAGUUUGCAGCCGUGCAAUUUACCAUCCAAAUUUAUUUGGAAAGGAAGUAAAUAAAGUUAACGAAGCGUACGUACCGCAGAGGACAAGCAUGACUCUUUUUGUAUCACUUAGUGUGAAACAGAUAGAAAGUUGGUUUCUUCUUCUUGAAAGUUUCAGAGUUUUCGUGAGGGGAAGGCAUUAGAGGCCUCGUUUUAUCUAAGUGACUUCAACAGAUAGAUACAAAAAAUUGUCCUCUGUUAGGUUUGGCACACUUGUGCUAUUUUAAGUCCCCAUUGGCAAGAGGUCAUUGCUUAUUUUUGUAGUCUGUGAGAGGUGGUUCUGGUUUUAAAAACAUUAGUUUCCUCCUGCUAAAAAUUUGUGAAUUUAAUUUAAAUUGCAAAUCGCUUUGAAAGCUUGGUUAAAUUCUUUUUACGAAAUUCACUAUCUAUGAACACCAAUUUAUUAUCCUAUUUGUUACGGCCAGCAGUAUAGUGUGAGUUUCCUCAAGAAAACAAUCUUUUUCGUAUGAAAUACGAAAGAAAAAAUAUUAUUUCGUUCGAUCGGGAUAUUGUGUGAACCUAUGGACGUCAGACCGGCGCGACAGUUUUAAAUCUUAAUUCUAUUAAGGAAAUGGAAAGCAUUUUAGCCAUUUUAGUGUUUAUAAUAAAAGAAGAAAAAAAUAUUUGUAAAAAUCUAUGGAAGCUAUAUUGAUGAAAAGAAAAAACUAGAAAAUAAAAUUUAAUUUAAUUUUUAAUCGUAAGACUUUUGGAAAGAGAAAUGCAUGUAUCUUAACUGUCGGAAAAUAAUAAAAUCGUAAACAAUUUUACUUCUAAGUUCGAUCGUUACAUUAAGUUCCAUUCAUUUUCAUUGUUUUUUGUAUUUUUGUCACAUUUUGUGUCGAAGGAGCUCAGAUGAAAAACACUUAACUCCCUUUCAAUUUUUAAUUAUAUAAAAACAAAAGAAAGAAAAAAAAAUGAAAAUUUGUUUGCAGACGUUGUGGAAGAAAAUCGAAUUGAAAUCUAAGUUAACUUUACGUACUAACACAAUAAAGCCACGCUGUACACGUGCUAUAUUAUUGGAAUAAAUAAAACUUAUUUAACUAA